AUGCCUUUGCAUAAUAACAUUCAUAUGGGUAAAGAAGAUAUCAGACAACUUAUUCGUGAGAUUACAAAUCUUUAUGAGUCUAACCAUCCUAAUAUUAUCAAACCUUUUGGAAUUUUAAGAAAAAUUUUGAAAGAUAAAAGGCAAGAAAUUGUUGACGGCACACCUUCCGCCUAUGUUAAUCUAUUUGUUAAAUGCUGGUCACUUGAUCCUAAUGAACGACCAACUUUGAAUAUAAUUUUUGACGAGCUUGAAAAGCUAUCUGCUGAAAAUAUUGAAUGCAUUACAAAUAGAGUUGAUAUGUGUCAAAAACACGUUUCAUCUUUGUCUGACAAUUUAUCUACGAAUGGAAACGAAAUUUCUGGUGAGCAUAAAUUUUAA